AUGGGCAUCUCUCGGGACAACUGGCACAAGCGCCGCAAGACCGGGGGUAAGAUUGGCCCUCGUCGCACACACACGGUCCGAGUUCGAGGAGGCACUAAGAAGUACCGUGCCCUGAGACUGGAUGUGGGGAACUUCUCCUGGGGCUCUGAGUGCUGUACUCGGAAAACAAGGAUCAUUGAUGUGGUCUACAACGCAUCCAGUAACGAGCUUGUGCGCACCAAGACCCUGGUGAAGACCUGCAUCGUGCUCACUGACAGCACCCCGAGCCGACAGUGGUACGAGUCCCACUGCGCACUAUCCCGGGGCCACAAGAAGGGGGCCAAGCUGACUCCUGAGGAGGAAGAGAUUUUAAACAAAAGACGAUCAAAGAAAAUUCAGAAGAAAUACGAUGAGAGGAAAAAGAACGCCAAAAUCAGCAGCCUUCUGGAGGAGCAGUUCCAGCAGGGCAAGCUUCUUGCCUGUAUCGCCUCAAGACCAGGCCAGUGCGGCAGAGCGGACGGCUAUGUGCUAGAGGGCGAGGAGCUGGAGUUCUACCUGAGGAAGAUCAAAGCCCGGAAAGGCAAAUAAACCAUUCCUAGCUCAUAUAAUAAA